CUUGGGCGGUGGUUGUGUAGUGCGAAGCGUUGCAAUAUCUCUGGCCAGUGUUCGCUAGGUCGUCUUUGCAGCCCCCACGCCGACACCCGCCGCUCCACCCACGGUAUGAGCGCGCCCAUGCCGGCCUACUUAAAGUCCGCUUUUUCCUCUGGGGACGACUACAACGAUGACCUGGAUGCCGUGGCCCUUGACCUCAGCCAGUUUGAGCUCCGUGCCCCGUCCCGUCGUAGGAGCCGCCAGUGGUCCCAGUACUCUCCGCCCCCCUCCCCAUCACCUCCGCCCCUACCGUCUCCUCAGGGGGGGAAGCGCCAGGCACUCCCCACUAACUGGCUGCUAAAACCCCAAGACCCCCACAGUGGUCAGCCCUCCUCCCCUCCUCAACCAAAUCCUCCCCCAAUGGAAAGGCAAUUUACAAGAGAUAGUUUUCCUCCAGUAGCCAAUGACUACCCCCCUCCCCCAGCCACAGAUUUUCACCCCCGUUCACAGAGAGGGUACUCCCCACCCCCACCAAGAAACUACUCCCCACCUCCACCCAAUGACUACUUCCCUCACUCUCAUCUCCCUCCUGAUGACUAUCCUCCCUAUGUAAAUGACUAUCCUCCCCACCCAAAUGAUUACCCUCCCCACGUAAAUGAUUAUCCUCCCCACCCAAAUGACUACCCUCCUCAUCCAAAUUAUUAUCCUCCCCAUCCAGAUGAAUACCCUCCCCACUCAAAUGACUACCCUCCCCACCCAAAUGACUAUCCUCCCCAUCCAAAUGACUACCCUUCUCCCCAAAGAGGCUACCCUGCACCCCCACCAAGAGGUUACGUCGAUCACUUACCAAAUGACUACUUUCCUCCCCCAAAUGAUUACCCUCCCCCUGUAGACGACUACCCCCAACAGACCUGGAACUACAGCCGGGGCCCCCCCAUGGAGUACCCCCGCCACGCUCUUCCCCCAACGAGAGGUUACUUCCAAACACUCCCCGCCCACCGAGGCAACCCUUCCCAGUACAGAGACUACUCCCCGCCGCCACCGCCCCCAGCGUCAGCGCGAGGGCGUUCUCCCCCUAGAAUGGAGUACUCCCCACCCCCUAGACGCAGAGGACGCUCCCAGCCUGGUUCCCCCUCAUCCCAGCGCCGAGGAUUCUCUCCCCAGCCGCGAAGGAACACUGCCUAUUCCAAACACUCCCCUCUGCCCUCCCGUACUCGCUCCUCUCAAAGAAGAUCGACUUCAAAGCCACGACAUCCUUCUCCCUCCCCCCCACGCCCCUCCCGCACCAGAUCUUCUCACAGAAAAUCCUCCCCACAGCCUCGCCGCUCUUCUUCACCGGAGCCUAAAAACUCCCAGCAGAAGAAACCUGGGAUUCUGAAGAACAGCACAAAAAGCAGCGAGGCAAGCAGGAGCGCAACAAACAACCGCCCAAAGAAAGCCUCCAUACAGACGCAGAAGCAGAGACCCUACGUGCCUCCGCCGGAUUAUGACACAGAUCCCAAGGUCGCCUACCUCCCCUCACCUGACUACUGACGGAGGCCGGGGCGGUGAGGCUCCAACUGGAUUCUUGUGGAGUAAAAAACUACUUGGGUUUUUUUUUUUUCCUUUUUGUGUGAACUGUGAUUUUUGUGCGUGUGUACAUAGGGUAGAGAGUUGGAGGGAGGGUGUGAGGGUGUGGUGUUGUGCCUCAGUGUAGAGACUCUCAUUUAGCCUUGUUGGGAGAAAAAGUGUUGGGAGUCACGUGACAAUCUUGAAAAAUGCCCACUGUUAUGUUUACCUGUUGAUUAUGAAGCUAUAAAUAGAAUAGAUCAUGGUUUUCCAGAUGUUUUCACUAUCCUCAUCCUCCUCCUCCUCCUCCUCCUUUCCUUUUUUUUUUUCUUUCUAUUAGCCAGAUAUCAUGCAGUAUAAUCAAGCACAUGUGUAUAGUUGAUAUAUUAGAUAUUCUACGGACGAUGUUUGUAAUGUAUAAGAAUAUUUUAUAACCUCAAAAACUCUUUAAAUGGCGUGAGUCUUCUUCUCUUACCUACAUGCACUGGAAGAACUAACCAGAUGCACGUGUGUUCCAAGUCUCAGGGCUAUUUACACUACCGGUGGACUUAGGACCAUACUCUGAAACACUUCUGCCUGCACCUCACUACUUUCAAAAAACCUUUAGUUGAAGUCACGCGUGGUUUUAAGAUGUAUUUUUAUGGUUUUAGUGACAGACUGACAAGAUUUCUACAUUAAUCAUUAAUAGCAGAAGCACUCGUGAGAAUCCGGCUAAUUUUAUCUGGCCUUUGAAAAUAGUUGUGGUGAGAGAGCAAGGCGUUUCAGAAUGUAGGCCUUCACUUAUCUUAUCUAUGUGCCUUGUCUGUGACGUCACCGACCAUGGAACGCGAUCUCUUCCGCUUCCUGCCUCUUUCAAUAAGGAUCAUGUUCUGAAACACUUCUCCCUGUACUUCGAUUACUUUCAAAAUUCUCUAAUUAAAGUCACGUGAAUUUUUAA